AUGAAGCACGCCGUUGCUACCAUCGCCGCCCUGGCCAGCUUGUUCGGCCAAACCAUCGCCUUCAAUACCAACGGAAUCUACGCAAUCCAGUCCGCACGCUCUGGAGAUGUUUGGGGAAUUCAAAACUCCAUCGGCGUUAGACAUUGGGUUGAGUUGGUACACCCGGAAGGCAAAACUGCUGAGCACUGGCGUCUAGUCUCCUCCGGUCCCAACUUCUUCAUUCAAAACGUUUACACCCAGGGGAUGCUCUCAUGCCCGGAGCAACACCAGUGCGAAGUGGACACCCUUGGAAACAAUGCACAGCUUUUCGAUGUCGUUGAGAGUGGAGACAACACAUUCAUUUUACACCCCUCGGGAACUCCACUGGUGAUAGGAUCUAGGGAGGGUAAUGAGUUGGAGGCCCAGCCUUCGGAUCCAUCAGUUGAUGCGGACUUCCUUCUUCAUCCAACCGAGCACGAGUGUGAGUCACUAUAUUUACUUCGUCACUUGACCUUUGGGCUAUUAAUCUAA